UUUGUCAGUCGGGCAGUGCAAUGAGUGGUUUCAACACUGUACAGUCGAAUGUGCCAGUACUCAGCCACAGAAGCGUGCUUAUGAUUACGAAUGGAGGGAAUUAAAUCGAUGGCGAUAAAGGUGAAUGGUUAGUGCUGUGAAUCUGACACUCCGCUUCUUAACCCUUGUAAGGCCAUGCCUGCUGAAGAUUGCCUUAAAUAUGGGUUUGAUGACCCUGUUAAGUUUUUCUACAACAGAAGUGGAAAAUUCAUCAGUUCAGAGUGGGAAAAACGGGACUAUGUGGUCGUGGCACUUGGCCUUCCAGUUUGCGUCAUUGUUAUCCUCGCCAACCUGAUGGUUAUAACGGCCUUCAUCAUCAAUCGACGUUUCCACUUUCCCAUUUACUACCUGCUUGGUAACAUGGCAGCUGCGGACUUGUUUGCAGGUAUUUCUUACCUCAAUCUUAUGUUCCAUACCGGACCAUGGACUAUUAACCUCACGGUAAGACAGUGGUUUAUCCGGGGAGCGUUGAUUGACAUGAGUUUGUGCGCGUCUGUAACGAACCUUUUGGCGGUGGCUAUUGAGCGUCAUCAGACUAUUUUUGGAAUGCAGUUACACAGCAAAAUGAGCAAUCGUCGAGUGUUCAUACUUAUCACCGGCAUCUGGAUGCUGGCUCUAGUCAUGGGUUUAAUGCCCAUCAUGGGCUGGAACUGCAUGUGUGGCCUGGCCACUUGCUCCGUUGUAUCACCGCUGUACAGUCGCUCUUAUCACGUGUUCUUGGCCAUACUCACCUUAGUGAUUUUUUCUAUUAUGGUGGCUAUGUACACACGCAUCUUCAUCUACGUACGCCACAAAAGCUCCUCUAUGUCUCAGAACACAUCUCAGGUACAGCACAAAGAGACUGUUGUGAACCUAAUGAAGACGGUCGCCAUCGUGCUGGGUGCCUUUGUGAUAUGCUGGACCCCUGGCAUGGUGAUUCUGUUGCUGGAUGGGUUGGACUGUAAGACCUGCCAGGUUCUACAGUUUGAGAAGUACUGCUUGGUUCUCGCUGAGUGUAACUCCUUAGUGAACCCCAUCAUCUACUCAUACCGUGAUGUGGAGAUGAGAAGCACAUUUAAACACAUUCUCUGCUAUCCUUGGAGGAGGGGACGAUACCAGCAGGGAGAACCUUCCGGUGCCUAUUUUGACACAAUAAAGUCGGAGGUACUGUUUGAAAAACCCACUGUUUGUGAUGACUCCAGGACAUAUUAAGAUAUCAACUUCACGUCACACUGUCCAGACUGUCCCUCCUGUUGAUUAAUAUUUAACUGCACUUCAGACUUUCAUCCUGGAGAGUGGUAUGUUUACAGGUUUUGUACAUGAUUAAGUGCCGAAUGCAGCCAAAAACGCCUACAGGGAUAGGCCAGGAAGAGACUACUGCUCGCCUGACCUGACACAAUGGCAUUGUUAUUCUGUGUGUGUUACGAAAUGGCAUUGUAAUUGUGUAAUGUUCGGUCGCUGGGAUUAUAAACGUUGUUUGAAUCUUCCUAGUGCAGAAGUGAUUUGCAUGUGCUGUCAUUUGUGGUUGUAUGCACUCCAAAAUGUGACGUCAGAAUUCACCCAUCCUUUGUUUCUGUCCUCAGCAGGUUCGACCUGUGCUUAAAUUCAUUACAAUGAUGCACAAGUUGGUUCGAUAUUUCCUCAAAAAGAGAACCAAUUGGAGAGAGAUCACAGGAAAUGUCCAUUUCCCAAGCGCUGUAGCUGGGGACAAGACACCCUGCUGAUCAGGCUUGUGAAAACCACUAAAAUGAACUGUUGAACAUAAGCCUGAGGAGAGAAAUCAGAAAUGGUUUUACAAAACCAUCAGUGUUUAGAUCAGCAGCAGUGACAUGGUUUCAGGUGUGAGCAUUUGCCGUUUUAAAUUCCUUUGCAGUCUGAUUUGCUUACGUAUGUCAUAAUAUUUUGUCAUUGUUGUUACUGAAAUAUGUCGAGUUUACCGAGAAAUUUAGCUCAGUUUUGAUAGAUGUAUGUGAUAUUAAUGUUCUGCUACAAAAAAUAA